AUGUGCUUCAACUUGCGGUUCGAUAAAGAAAGUUUCCUGCAAGCAGUCAAGGGGCAAACCCCUUAUACCUUUGAGGAAAACCAGCUAAGUUUCUUCCAAGACCUCAGCCGCCAAACUCUGCAAUGGAGAGCCUCCUUCAAUGGAAUAAACUCCCAACUCCGAGCUGCAGACAUCCCAUACAAAUGGGGUUAUCCAAGGGCACUCAUCGCCGAAAAAGAUGGCCACCAAAGCUGGCUGACAUCACCAUCAGACACUGCAGCGUUUCAACAGUCCUUGGGACUUACCGCCACACAGUCUGCUCACCACUGGGAUGUAGCCAACGUGGCAGCCUUUACCCUUUUGAGAUCUACGGCACCCGGCUGA